AAAUGAUUCUGUAUAUGGAGAUGAAUCUCAAACAAAGAUCGCUUUUAAAAUUAUUGAUAAAUAUGAGCCUAUUCACGAAUCAAAAAAGGCAGAUAGAAAAUACAUCAGGGGUGGCCCCAAUGUUAUACUUACAAAGAAAACAAAACCAGAAUUUUGGGUAGGAAUAGACGAAAAAUUUCUGGUCAGAGAAGUCAGUGAGCAAUCUGAAGUAGAAAGACUUGAUAGCAAUGCAGUAGUUUAUGGAUUAUAUCAAAUCCGAAAGCCAGAUAUCAAUCGAUUAAUGCCUAUAAAGGAUGGUACACUUAACUGUGUAGCUGAACGAGUAAUAGAGCAUUUUGAUCAAGCCAAAAGAGGACAUGGACUAACAAAAAUUCAUCGGCAAAAAAUAAAUGAUUGGGAGAAAAAAAUGUGCAUUCCAGGUGCUCAAGUAUGUGAUGUAGCAGAGUUAGAAAAAAUUCUCAAGCAACUAAUUACAUUACUUGAAAUAACUCAUGAUACUAUAUUUAAUAGUGGAAAGUAUCGAUCAGGUAAGUAUGAAGAAAUCGGAAUAGUAGUUCAUAAUGGCCAUGCAUUUUCAAGAAACCAGCACUUCCCAAGAGAUCGAAUAGUCGAAUAUUAUAAGGGUGAUACAUGGGAAGCUAUCAGUAAUGCCCUCAGGGGACCUCAAGCAAUCUGGCUUAUGGGAGUGGGGGAUACAGGUCAAACAAUAUCCCAGUUUGUUCUAGAAGAUGGUCGCACAUUUAGAACAUGGAAAAAGCAUACAGAAAUUAUAAAAGCAUGCAAACAACUGAUCAAUGAUACAAUAGAUUGGCAAUAUCAGGAAGGAAUAAUCAAUAAGGAAAAGAAAUCGAUUCUUUCAGAGUCUCUAAAAGUUGUUGAUUUAGCAGAGCAGCAUGGGCAUGGUGGACGCUGGAAUACACCCGAUUAUUACGUCAAUGAUGUCAUAUGUAUCGAUAUGAAAGAAUGUUAUCCAGCAAGCAUACGAGGUCAAGAAGAAUGUACACCAUGGUUCAAUAGGUUCGGACAUCCAACACACUAUCUUGUUCGAGUUGCGGUAAAUAGAGAAUUGCCGGAGAAUGAUAUUACUGGAUUUGCGCAG